CCCACAUUGUGCACAAGGCAAUACACCGGAAGUUUGUCAACGUGCAAAACUGCGGAAAAUUGCCGACAACAAUGCUUUGAUGCCAUCUACGGCAAAGAACCCGGUCUGAAAUACUUAACAAGUGCUCGAGACAAGUUAGCUACGCUCAAAAAACAAGCGGAAAGUGCAGCACAUGCAAAAGCAAUGGCGAGUGGUAAUCCUGCUGGAGGAGCAGUAAGAGCUGCAAAACCGAAACCGAAAAAGCUUCCUG